AGUUCAGAGUUCGCGGACACGUCUGUGACACGUCACACAUCAGCUCCUGCAAGGGCUGCCUUUGUUUGAGUCUCCGCCAAGACAGCAUCGCACGGGGCUCAUCACUUCUGAUAGUCCUGAGGUGGAAUGGGGAGAGGUGUGGAGUUCUGUAUGUGUGUACUAGCUGCAGUCCUCGGAGCAGGGAAAACAGAAGAGUUCCAGUGCCCGGCACAUAGCCACUACUCGGCGUGCGGUUCGGCCUGUGAGCCCACGUGUGCAGACCCGUGGCCGGCGUGUGUGCAGGCGUGUGCGGACCCGUGGUCGGGGUGUACACAGCCGUGUGUGGAGGGGUGCGUGUGUGAUGACGGCUACAUCCGGGGCUGGAACGGAACAUGCAUUAACAAAACUGACUGUGGCUGCUUCAGCAACGGAAAUUACUACAAGACAGACGAGGUGUGGCUGACUCCCGGGUCCCGCCGCUGCACGUGCCUCGCCAACAGCUCCGUGGCCUGUGCCGACCUGAGCUGUACCCGCUCCCGCCCUGCCCUGAGUGACGGCGUGGAUAACGACUGUGACGGCCGGGUGGAUGAGGAGCUGCUCAACGGGCUGGAUGACGACGGUGACGGGGAGAUAGACGAGGAUGUCGUUGGAAGUUGCGGGAUCGACAUAGUGUUUGUGAUCGACGGGUCCUGGAGUAUCGGGCCGGCGGUGUUUGAGAGAAUCAAGGGGUUUGUACGGGACAUCGUCGGUUGUCUGGACAUCGGGGAAAUUCAGGUUGGAGUUAUCCACUACGACUGUUUGCCGAAGUUAGACAUCCAGCUCGGCAGCUACACCAUGAAAACAGACCUCCAGGACGCCAUCUUGACAGAAAUCACUUUCGACGGGGAAGUGACGCGGACCGGAAACGCCAUUCAAUACAUGAAAAAUACGAUCCCGUUCCGUGGUUACGUCCCGAGAGCGGCUGUGAUCGUGACUGAUGGCCGGACGCAGCUGGAUGUAGAAGGGCAUCAGUUCCAUGAUGACUUUGCGGAGAGUGCCCGUGACGCGCGGGAUUGUGGGAUAGAGCUGUACAGUAUCGCUGCAGGACGUGAGCCCGCUGUGGACACGAGCGAGUUGGGAACGAUCACUAACAACCCUGCACGGGUGGUGCGGCUGGACCAGGACAGACCAUGCGCCAUCGCCAGCAUGCUGGUGAAAGAUCUCUGCGACGUGAACCAGCUGUGCCGGUCUAUCGGCGGUGUUUGUACCAGCGAUACAGACUUCUGUGCGGGCCCGGUCGUGCCGGACUUGUGCGGGGGGAACCUCACCUGCUGUGCCCCACAAGACGAGCCGUGCCGGGCCAUGGGCGGGGUGUGCCAGUUUGACGACCUGCCGUGCCCGGGACGGCACCUGAACGGUCUGUGCGGAGGGCCCGCCAACAGGAAAUGUUGUAUCGACUGCUGCCAGCAGCCAACAGGCACCACAGUCACAUACAGGAGCUUAGGCUGUUGGACAGAUAGCGACAUCCGUGCGAUCCCCCCACUGGAGGGGCUGGACCCCAGACUACAAGAUCCGUACCGUCUGCGAGAAAACGCAAUAGAGAAGUGCUACCAAGCGGCCAGAGACCGAGGCUAUGACGUCUUUGCUCUCCAGGACGGAGGUUGGUGCGCGGCAUCGUCUGCUGCGAGGCGAGCCUACCGGCAGUACGGGCCGUCCCAGCGCUGUGGGCCGGCCGGCAAGGGCGGUGUCUGGGCAAACAGCGUGUACGAAAUCAUAUAGUACAGAUGUGUGUCUACCACGUGUACGAAAUCAUUUAGUACAGCUGUGUGUCUACCACGUGUACGAAAUCAUUUAGUACAGCUGUGUGUCUACCACGUGUACGAAAUCAUAUAGUACAGCUGUGUUUGUACCAAUGUACGAAAUCAUUUAGUACAGCUGUGUUUGUACCAUGUGUACGAAAUCAUUUAGUACAGCUGUGUGUCUACCACGUGUACGAAAUCAUUUAGUAC